AUGAAGGAUUUAGGUGAUAUGAAGUACUUUCUCAAAAUCGAAGUAGCAAAGUCAAAAACUAUUAUAUUUUUGUCUCAAAGGAAGUAUGUAAUGGAUCUACUCACUGAAACAGGAAUGCUUGGAUGUAUGCCUGCUGACACACCCAUUGAGAUGAAUCACAAGUUGUGUGAAGACAUGGACCAAGAACCAACCAAUAAGGAACAAUACCAACGCCUUGUUGGAAAGUUGAUAUACCUGGCACACACAAGACCAGAUAUUGCAUAUGUUGUGAGUGUGAUAUUUAAAGUAAGUCCUUGCGAAAAGAUUAAUGUUCUCAAAAAAGGAGAUCUUGAAGUUGUUGAAUAUACAGAUGCUAAUUGGGCUGGUUCCAUUACAUAUAGAAGCUCUACUUCUGGUUACUUUACAUUCGUGGGAGGUAACCUAGUCACUUGGCGGAGUAAAAAGCAAAAUGUGAUUUCUCGGUCUAGUGCAGAAGCAGAGUAUCGAGGAAUGGCUCACAAAGUUUGUGAAUUAUUGUGGAUAAGAAGACUCUUGAUAGAAUUGGGCUUCAAGCCAGAAAAGCCAAUGGAGUUGCAUUAUGACAAGAAGUCAGCUAUCGAUAUUGCCCAUAACCCAGUUCAACAUGAUCGAACCAAACAUGUUGAGGUGGAUACACAUUUUAUCAAAGAAAAAAUUGGGAAGAAGAUCAUCCGCUUACCAUUCAGUAUUUCAUGA